ACCAUGGUCCACGCUUGCAACAUUGUUCUGCUCUCAUUGCACUUUGCCGGACCAACAAUGCUGUUAUAUGAAAAAAAAAUAGAAUCCUGAUUUUGCUUUCAUAAAAAUAAUAACUCUUUGCUGAAUCAGUGAAUCUAUUUUCAGUUCUUUGCAGGUAAUCGAGGAUGAGCUAGGAAAUACAGGGGUGGAUCAGGGACGUUUCAGAGGCGAGUUUGAUGCCUUUGCUUUUAAAUAAAACAAGAAGAAACUGAAACUGAAAAUUCAUAAGGAGUUCAUAUGUAGGGUGAUGCAAGUUUACAAUGCGAUUGCUAUGGGGGCUAAGGCUGCCCCUACUCAUACUGAUUCAACUUUUAUACCCCAACAAAUCAACCUACAAAUUAUACGCUGAGGCUUUGUUCACUUUCAAGGGUUCUAUUGGAGGUCCACAACAAUUAGGAUGCAGCAUUGUGAAAUAUCCAUGUCAAAUGCAAUGGCCUUGUCUUGACUGCUAUAAACUAAAAGAUCCAGGUGGAAUAACAGCAAAGAUAGAUGGGAAUAACGACGUUCCAACACUUACACCUCUUCAAGAAACUCAAGUUAGAAAACCAGGAGGAACAAGGGCUGCUGCCAUAGUUGGUAUUCUUGUUGCUGCCUUAGUCGUCAUUGUCAUUUUGGUGACUGUCUGUAUCUGCUUGAUGCGUGUUAAAAGAUUUAUGAGGCAAACAUCUGAGGCUGCUUCUUCUAUGCCAUCUCCCACUGUUGAGAUGGGAAGAGUCAACAACACUCAGAAUGUUAAUGCUUUCCCUCCACAUUAUACGCUGAACACAAGACAGUUAACAAUUUUGGAACUAGAACAAGCUACACGAAAUUUCAGUCAUAGUAAUAUUAUUAGUGAAGGUGGAUUUGGUUUUGUAUACAAGGGCUUGCUUCAAGAUGGAUCCAUUGUGGCUAUAAAAAGGCGUCUAUUUGCUCUGACACAGGAUUUCGUCCUUGAGGUGAAUCAGAUAGCUCAUAUUCACCACACCCAUCUUGUGAAGCUCAUAGGCUAUUACGAAGAUAGCUAUCAACAAUUACUUGUAUAUGAAUAUCUCCCUAACGGCAAUGUAGGGAGUCACUUAUAUGACAGUGAAGGUUUACCUAUUGGAAGGUUAGACUUGUGGCGAAGGAUAUCUAUUGCUUUAGGCGCGUCCAAAGGUGUGGAACAUCUUCAUAGUUUGGUCCCUCCUUUGGUUCACACAAAUUUUAGAACUAGCAAUGUUCUGUUAGAUGAAAAUUACACGGCCAAGGUUGCUGAUUAUGGAUUCUGCAAAUUGCAAACACAAGUUGAUAAUGCUGGCUCAUCUUCACAUGUAGACUGCUUUCUAGACCCAGAGUUGAGCUUUCCACAAAACUAUUCGGAGAAGAGUGAUGUACACAGUUUCGGGGUCUUCUUACUAGAGUUGAUUAGUGGUUGUGAAGCACACCGCAAAAGCUUGUCAAACCCAGAUGAAAACAUAGUGUUUAAGGCAAAAAAUAGCGUUGACUUGGACAACUUUGUUGACAUAACGCUGGGAGAGCAAGAAAAGCAUGGUGCUAGACGAAUGAUGAAAUUGGCAUUGCUAUGUGUGGAUGUGACUAGUAGAAGACCAUCAAUGGCGCAAAUUGUGCAAGAGUUGGAGCAGAUUCAAAGAGAAAUUGCUCCAGUGUAUUCUCAAUUCAACGAGGAGAUUGGUGCCGUGACUCUAGGGAGUGAGCUCUUUCAGUAAGCCUUGCGAAAUGCGAAUUGCGAUGUAUUCUCACUUUAGAAACCAUUUUUUGUGUUUGUUGCACAACUAUUAUUGUUAUGGUAAUUGACUUAUUGUAGGUAUAAUUGGUCCUGGAAGGAUGUUAUUCAUUUGUAAUUACUUCAAAGUAAAUAAAAUGUUGAAAAUAAGUAGAUUUAGAUAGGAU